AUGGAUGAUAAAAAAGAUCAGACAAAUACAGGACAGAAUCUUACUGCAGGAGCAUCAUCAACCACCAACUCAAAUUUACCAAAGCUUAGUGUAUCCAAUUCAUCAUUAAACACUGGUACGACACUCAAUAGUAGCGGUGCUUCUACCAAAUACACAGCUAAUGAUUCAUCCAAGCUACUCAAUGAUGACAAGAUAAAGUCAAUACUCAACAGUGAUUCAGCACUUGAUGUGCUUCUGGAACGUUUAAAACAAAGUUUAUCGUCGGCAGAGGAAUUCAGUAAAUUUAUUAAAAAGAAGGCUCAAAUUGAAGAUGAUCAUUAUACCCAGUUGAAGAAAUUUGCUGGUCAUAUAAGGACUAGUAUGAAGAAUAAUAGUAAGAAUUUGAAAAAUGACUCGUUACAGAGUCAAAUGGAUAAAAUUAUAGGAUUUGAUGAAAGCUUGUCGGGUGUCGGGUCAAGUUAUGUGACUGCAUUGAAUACCAUGUAUGAUGAAUUGACUUCAUUGGUGCAUACUAUUACCAGAUCCAGAAAGACAAUCAAGGAUGAAUAUAGACGAAAAGAUAAGGAAUGCAUUGAUUCUAUAUCAGCAGCCGAAAAAGCCAAAACUAGAUACAAUCAUUUAUGUGAGGAUUUAGAAAGGCUCAAGAACUCUGAUCCGUCAAAGAAAUCUUUCAGUUUAAAGAACAAAACUGUUGAACAACAAGAGGAUGAUUUACAAAGAAAGGUUGAUCUUGCUGAUCAAGAAUAUAAGUCUAAAGUUGCCACAUGUAAAAAACUCAAGGAUGAAAUCUUAGUCUUGCAUCGUCCAAAUAAUGCCAAAAAGUUGAAAAAUUUAAUUUUGGAAAUGGAUAUCGCUUUAAAUGUACAACUUCAAAAGUAUGCGACUUAUAAUGAAACUUUAAUAAUGAACUCAGGAGUAUUAAUUAGUCCUUUACAGUCAACAAAAUCAUCAAUGAAGGCAAUGGCUAGUUCAAUAGACAAUGAAAAGGACUUGUACAAGUACUUGUUAGAACAUGGCUCUAAAACUACCAACAAGUCCCUUGUCCCUAUUGAAUACCACAUACACCCUUCAUUAGUCAAAGCUAAGGAUAUUGGUAAACCAUUUUUGAACAAUAGUGACAGAAAUCCAUCAAACAGUGCAAGUAAUAUAAAGGCUGCUGUAUCUGGUAACCAAUGGAACAACGAUAAACCUAAAACAAAUAACUACGACAGUAACAACAGCAGUAGUAGUAAUACCAACAUUAAGAGUGAUUCGGCCACUUCAGCUCCAUAUUCAGGCAUCUAUGCUCCACCCAAACAAAGUACCAACACUUUUAGUAACGACUUGCCACUUAAUACCGGUACCACCUCUGAUUCAUAUGCCAACAAUCCACCGCUGGGUUAUUCUUCCUUAGAUCCAGCUAGUCAACCAUCAACACCAAACCUCAAUGGACCAAAGCCUUUCAAUUCAAGUGCAUCUUUCAAACAACCUACAUUUGGUGUAUCCAUAGAAGAAGUUAUCAAGUUUGCCGGGGUGGACAAUGUCCCCUUAGUUGUACGUAGAUGCAUUGACGUGAUUGAAUCACAUGGAAUUGAUCUUGUUGGUAUCUAUCGAACAAGUUCUAAUGUCAACCAAGUACAAAAAUUACGUGAAUCGAUAGAUUCAAACUUCACCAACUACUUGUUAAUUGGUAAAGAUAUUGAUGAAUCAAAUGUUAUUGACUCGGACGUAUUUUGUGUCGCUUCUUUACUCAAGUAUUAUUUUGCCAAUUUACCUGAACCUUUAGUUACAUCAGCUGCAUCCCAAUCAUUUAUAGAGACGGUGAAAUUGGCUGAUGAACAUUUAAUUCACAAAAAGUUACAUCAUUUGGUGUUUAGUUUACCUGAUGGUGCUUAUUUCACUUUGAGAGCAUUGAUUUUCCAUUUGAAUAAAGUUGCAGCUAAUGAAUCAAGGAAUAGAAUGAAUGCUAAAUCAUUGGCUAUUAUUUGGGGACCGGUAAUUUUCAAUAAUAAUUCAACUAGUGCUCAGGAUCUUAGUUUCAAGAGUAAAGUUGUUGAAGAGUUGAUGACUAUAGCCACUGACAUUUUUGAAGUUGAUGAAGAGUAG